AUGAAGGCGAUUGCCCUCCGUCUCUUCCUGUUCGCGGUUCUCUGCGUCCUUGCUGCGGCUUGGACGAAGGAAGACUACGAGAUCUUCCGCCUUCAUGAUGAAAUUACUGCAACAGAAGGUUUGAACGUGACAUUCUACGACUUUUUAGGUGCUCGGCCAAACGCCAAUCAAGAUGAGCUCAACAAAGCCUACCGCCAAAAGUCACGUCUCCUUCACCCUGACAAGGUCAAGCGCUCCUUCAUCGCCAACAGCUCAAAGGAUAAAAGCAAAUCCAAAACCAGCCAAAAGGGUGUGCAUGUCAACCGCGGACCCACGAAGCGCGAGAUUGACGCUGCCGUCAAGCAGGCUCAUGAGCGUGCGCAGCGCCUGAACACCGUCGCUAACAUUCUCCGCGGCCCGGCCCGUGAGCGCUACGACUACUUCAUGAAGCACGGCUUCCCCAAGUGGAGGGGUACUGGAUACUACUAUUCACGGUUCCGGCCCGGAUUGGGAUCGGUUCUCAUUGGAUUGUUCCUCGUCUUCGGCGGUGGUGCGCACUAUGCUGCCUUGGUUCUUAGCUGGAAGCGGCAGCGGGACUUUGUCGAUCGGUAUAUCCGCCAAGCUAGGAGGGCCGCGUGGGGUGAUGAGACCGGUAUCCGGGGUCUUGGUACUGCGCCUUCUCCGGUCUCUACACCGACUUCGGAAGCGGGUGAAGCCAGUGCUAUCCCGAUGAAUCGUCGACAGAAGCGGAUGAUGGAUAAGGAGAACAGGAAGCCGAAGAAGGGCAGCGCAAAGUCCAGCUCGCGUGGUAGUGGUACUGCGACACCUACUGGCGAGGUCGAGCCAACAGGCGAGAGGAAGAGGGUUGUUGCUGAGAAUGGCAAGGUCCUGAUCGUUGAUUCUGUCGGCAAUGUGUUUCUGGAGGAGGAGACUGAAGACGGUGAACGCCAGGAAUUCUUGCUUGAUGUUGAGGAGAUUCAGCGCCCGACAGUGCGCGACACGAUGAUAUUUAGACUUCCAGCUUGGCUUUACCGGAAGACUGUUGGUCAAAACCUUGGAACAUCUGACACCGCAGACAACGGGCCUGUUGCAGAUGAGGAGCAAGAGGCUGAGGAACAAGUCGAGCAGGCGAGCUCGGCCGUGGCCUCUGGAAAUGCAGCUAGGAGAAGAGGCAAACGUUCUCAACGAUCGUAG